GAGAAAAGCUCUACUAGUUUCGAGCCACAGUGGGACUCUUCAUCACGAGCAGCGUGCGCGGACGCGUCGCAUAAAUUUACAUGACAAAGUAAUGAAUAGUAGAUGUAGCGUGUCAGAUUGCGCUAACCGAGUUAGCAGCGUGAAAUGAUGUGGCGCUGGUCUGCUCAUCACAAUGUCUCGCCUGAUUGGCUGCUGGCUGAUUGUGCUGCUCGUGUUUGUUGAGAAAACUCUAUGCUACUGUGAUGCCAGAUGUUCUGGUGAGAAGUGUCAGGCAGGGUUCGUCAAAGAAAAAUGCAUAGCUUCAUGUGACUCCUACUCGUGCUCGUCGGGGUGCGUGGGAGCUGAAUGCCUGUCAACAUGUAACGGAAUGUAUUGUACGGCAGGGUGUACAGGAAUCUCCUGCACAGCUUCUUGUGUCGGACUAUCCUGCCAAGCAUUUUGUCAAGGCAAGGACUGCGUGAAACAAGACAAGCUCUGGCUGCGGUAGACUUUAACUAAACCACGUCAAUCAAUAAAUAUUGUUUCGUAAGAA